UAAAAGUUUUUGUUAUACAAAAUAUGUGGAAUAUUGUAGAAUUUGAUGACAAUACCAUACAAAUAGUACCAAAUUGCUGGGUAUCUUCUGAUCAAAAAACUUGUCACUGGCCUCCAAAUGGACUAUUUAAAUCGAAUAAAAACUUCCUCAAAGAAGUAAAAAAAUGUGUUUUACCUUCUAUUAAUUGGUCUAUCUACAAUGUAUCAAGAGUUCUUGGAAAGUAUGAUAAUUUUGAAAAAGGUUUAAAAAAAUUAAAAAAGGCUGAAGAUCACACAGAUUUAACAACUGAUAUUGAAAAAGAAAAAAAAAGUCGCAAAACCCGAAGAAAAAAAAAUUAUUCAUCGAGUUCAAGUGAGGAACUUCAUUUCUCAAAUUCAACCAAAAUCAACAUAAGACCUCUGCCUGAACCACCUACAGCAUCAAAUGAUAAUUUAAGUAAACCAUCCACACCUAUGUUCCAUAAUUCUAUCCAUCAGGCUACAACUCCAUCUUCUAAACCAAAAGCAUGCACGUCAUUGUUUGAUUUAUCUGAGGAAGAAUCAAUGUCUAGCGAUCGAUCUCUAAGUUCAUAUGAACUAGAUAUAAGAGAUAAAAAGCUAGAAAAUUCAAACAAUAUUUUUAACAAUGUCAACAAUGAACAUGAGCCUGGAAGUGAUGCAGUAAAUUAUAAUACUCCUACAGUCAAAUUAAAGAGGGCACUUGAGUACUCAACAUGUAAAACUACAAAAAUGGAGAAUAUAAAGCGGAUAAAAAAAGCUGGCAGUUUAAGUGAUGCUGAUUUCAAAAAUUUGGUUUUAAGACACCUUGCUGUCAUAAAAGUAAAUGUCAAAAAACUAGAUGACCGUGUCAAAAAUUUGUCAUUUUCAAAUUCUGUUGUCUUAACCAGUUCUGUUGAGGAUAUUAGUCUAAAUGAUGUCAUUGGAGAAUUCCCAAUGAAUACCGAGGAAGCAUUGAAGAAAGUUGAAUUAUCAUUAAUUGAUAUAACCUACAAAUUAAACUUGACUGCAGCUCUGACUAGAUUGGGUGGUACAAAAACCGACGAAGCAACAAAAUUUAUUCUUCGCAAACUUUUCACAGACAAACUUGCUAUGAAUUAUAGUUGGUGUGGUGGGAAAGGCAAGAGAGUGAUGUCUAGUUUGGCUUUAUCAAGAGUUAUAAUUGAUUCAGUAUUCAAAAUUGUCAAAACAACCACGGAGACUGAAAUAAUUGGAAGCAUAAAAAAUUGGUUGAGGCAUGCCAAAACUAGAAAUGAAAAUUGUGAGAAAAGAUGUGCUGCAGAUUCUACUGAACAAAUUCCAUUGCCAUGAGUGAAUGAUUACUUUUACAUCGUAUAUUUUGUAUUGUAUAUAUUUAUAUUAUCUUGUUUGUUUUC